GGUGUGACAUGCCAAAACGCAAGCGACUGUCUGAUGGGGAGGAAGGGGAAUCUAUUGUUGCUACUCCAGUUGUAGAAGGGAGACCCAAGAGACGUCGAAAUGAUACAACACUGGUUGAUACAAUACAGUAUAUUUUUGAUGCAUUGCGUAACAAAAAGAAAGACGACGAUGUAUACCUUUGUGAAGCAUUUCUUCGAGUGCCUAGGAAAAAAACAGAACCACAGUAUUAUGAGAUGAUUAGGUCUCCAAUAGACAUGCUGAAGAUCCAGCAAAAGAUAAAGACAGAUGUGUACAAUGAACUUGAGGAAUUUUGUAAAGAUGUCCAACUACUGGUGGAUAAUGCCAAACUAUAUUAUGCCAAGUCUACUGAUGAGUACAAAGAUGCUUGUGAGCUGUGGACAAUAUUCGAGGAGGCCAAAGAUCGUGCACCUGAAGAGAUCAAUAAGGAAAAAUUACGUCAGCAGUCUCAAGAAGAAGAUGAACGACAAGGCAAAAGGAAAUACAUUCUACAGAGGGGAAGACCACCAAAGUCUGCAAUUGCAUUGUCUGCCCCAAUGAUAUUAGAAGAGGAUGGUGAGCCUAUGACAAUAGAAAAUGCUAUUGAAGAGCUUUUUGGAGCAGUGAUGACAGCUAUGGAUCCUGAUGGAAGACUCUACUCCUAUGAUUUUCGUCUUUUACCUUCUAGAGAGAAAUAUCCAGAUUACUACCAGUACAUUGACAACCCAAUUGACUUGAAGAUUAUUGCACAAAAUAUUCAAGCUGGCAUCUACAAGAGCCUUGAUGAUUUACAUGAAGAUUUUAAUCUGAUGUUCAAUAAUGCAUGUGUUUUUAAUGAACCUGGGUCACGCAUUUUCAAAGAUGCAAGAACUCUCAAGAAAUUAGUUCAGUUGAGAAAAGGUGACCUGUUACAAAUUCUGAAUGCAAAGAAGAGUGUCCGAUUAAGAAGCAAACGAAGUGUUGUAAAUAAGGAAUGGUCUCUGCUCAUGUCUGAACUUGAGGAUGGAAUGGAGUUACCACUUCCAGAAGAGGACUGCGGAGGAACAGAAAUGCCACUUGGAACUGCUCAAGAUGAUGAAGAAAGUGAUGAUGAUGUGGAUCCUGACAAUCCAUUAUGGCAACUUUUCUUGGCUGCUAAGAAUCUCACUGCACCAAAUGACCCAAACUAUCAGCUUGUGGAGCCAUUCAAACGUCUUCCAAACAGAAGAUGGCAUGCUGAUUAUUAUGUUGAGAUCAAGAAUCCUAUUUCUCUCUCUCAGAUCAGGAAGAAAAUUGUGAAGGGAGAGUAUCGUUUUAUUUCUGAUAUGGUUGAUGAUUUCAACUUGAUGUUCGACAAUGCUCAGCAGUAUAACCGACCAGACUCCAGGAUAUAUAGGGAUGCUGUAAAGCUACAGAAAUUUAUCCAAACUAAGGCUGAUGAACUAAUGGAGGAUGAAGAUUCUGAUAGUGAUAGUGAUGAUAAUGACUCGCAACCCCAUAGUAAGCGGCGAAUGGGAGUUGUACGACCUGGUCGUCCCCUAACCUUCAAGCGUAGAGCUAAAAUCCUCUUCAAAACUCUCAUGGAUUAUAUGACAGAAGAUGGUCGGCAGCCUAUUGUGGCUUUCAUUGAGAAGCCAGACAAGAGAGAUUACCCAGAUUAUUAUGAGGUAAUUGUGCAACCCAUUGAUAUGGAGACAAUCGAGAGCAAGAUAAAGGGUGAAAAAUAUGCAAGUGAGGAAGAUUUGGUUGCAGAUUUCAAGUUGAUGUUCAGUAACUGUCAGAAAUAUAAUGAAGAUGGCUCACUCAUCUACUCCGAUGCUACAACUCUUGACAGGGUGCUAAUGGAAAAGAUUCAAGAGCUUAACCAAGUUGAUACAAGUUCAGGCAAAGGAAAGUCUAUAAAAAGAAACAAGUACAAUCAGUACAUAUCAAACACGAAGAAUAUGAAGGCCCUCUAUAACUCUGUUCGAGAUUUUCGUGACUCUGAAGGAAGACAGUUAUCUGAGGUGUUUCUCAAACUCCCAUCCAAGUCUUUAUAUCCAGAUUAUUAUGAGGUGAUAAAACAACCAAUUGAUCUAGAAAAAAUUCUUCACAAGUGGAAAAAUGGAGCAUACAUGACAUUUGAUGACAUGAUGGGAGACUUCACAUUAAUGUUUCAGAAUGCAUGUCGAUACAAUGAACCAGAUUCUCAGAUAUAUCGGGAUGCCCUUACUCUUCAAAGACAUGCUUUACAAAAACGUCUGGAGUUGAGUAGCUCAGAAGAUUCAAUUCCCAAUGUUGGAGGUCUUGUGCAAGAACUACUUAUGUCUCUUUUCAUCACUGUGUUUAACCAUGAAGAAGAAGAUGGGCGGUAUACUGUAGAAUCUUUCUCAGACCUUCCUGAUUACCAGGAGAUUGAAGGAAAGAAGACAAGGGUUUUGUCCUUUGACAUUAUGAAGAGACGUCUUGAUAAAGGAAUGUAUGCAAGACUUGAUCACUUCCAAGAGGAUUUGUUCUCGAUCUUUGAUCAUGCUCGCUCACACUCCAAAGUUGAUUCCAGAACAUUCCUUGAUUCUAUUACUCUGCAGACAGAAUACAUGAAAGUCAGAGAUGAGCUGUGUAGCCAUGGUGCAAUACUGCAAUCUCGGGCAUUAGGCUUUACAGAGGUAGAGCUGAAUAACCAACUGGAGGAUCUCCGGGCCCAACGUGGGACAGAGCAAGAAGGGGAAUGUCUUGUUGAUGAUGAGGACUCCAAGCCACCACCUCAACCUACAGAUGGUACAAAUAACAGCAGUUUGAGUCUCAAUGAAGUCCAAUAUUUUGUUGGAGAUUUUGUGUAUCUCACUCCUCCUGAUAAGAACUGUGAGUACCCAAUAUUGCACAUUGAGCGCUUGUGGACCAACAGUGAAGGGAAACAAAUGGUUUAUGGUUGCAACUACUAUAGGCCUGCUGAAACAUUCCACCAACCUAAUCGCAAGUUUUUUGAGCAGGAAGUUUUUAAGACUGACCAACAUCAUGCUUAUCCCCUCACUGAGGUUGUGGGUAAAUGUUAUGUUUUACCUACUGUGGACUAUAUGAAAAUGAGACCAGAAAAUGUAGAUGAAAAAGAUGUCUAUGUAUGUGAGUCACGAUACAACAGCAGAAAUAGGUUCUUCAAGAAAAUAAAGUCUUUUCCAUUUAAUGUCGGAGAACGUGUCAAGUUAAUAGAGCGUGAUGAACCUCUUGAAAUGAAGCGUGUGGAUUCUAUAUUUAAGGAAAGAAUUGAAAGACACAAGGAAGAAUUGGCAGAGCUUGAUGAAGAAACGAAGCUGAUCAGGCGCUCUUUACCAAAUGUAGUUAAAUCACAACCUGAUGGUGUAUCAGGUCACACAUACUAUGAACAAUACAACAUUUCUUCAGGCACAGUCAAAUUGGGAGACUUUGUGUAUGUUAAAGGAAGAGACACUGCAAAAAAAUCAAUUCGCCAGAUCUGCCAGUUAUGGGUCACAGCUGAGGGAACAUGCUACUUCUUGGGCACCAUUUACAAGAGUGCACAUCACAGCAAUCCUAGCGGUGAACAUUUAUUCUAUAAGCAAGAAGUUUACCUCACUGCAGGAGUAGAGACUCUACCUAUCUCAGACAUUUCUGGGCGUUGUGCUAUACUUGACUAUAAGGAAUACUGCUCUGCCAGGCCAACAGAGAUACGUGAGAGUGACAUAUACAUUUGUGACAACUUUUUGGAUGAGAUGAACCAACGUGUUAGUGCACUGCAAAGUGGACUCCGCAAGUUCAAAUUAUCUUCACUUGUAACUCCUGAUGAAGUUUAUUUCUUCAGAAAACCGGUUGUUAUUCAUAAGUAUGAUCCUACAGUGCCAUUGGUGAAGAAACAGUCUUUGAGUUAUGAGUCUUCUCCCAUGACCCCACGAAUGGACAUGGACUAUGAAGACUCUAUGGAUGGUCCACCUCCUUCAGUGGCAUCUGUAGAUUCUGGAAUAAUUACUGGAACUCCAAAAGCUCUCAAGAAACCUCCAACUGGUAAACAAUUUCAACAAAUGACAGGGAAGAAACAAAUGACUGGAUACAUUUUAUUUUCUGCAGAAAUAAGAAAAAGUAUAACACUAAAGAACCCAAAUGCCAACUUUGGUGAAAUUUCACGGUUAGUUGGAAUUGAGUGGAAAUGUUUAACAGAAACAGACAGGAAACUGUAUGAAGACCGAGCUCAUCAGAUGAAUUUGGAGAGUGCUGAGAGAGCCUUAAGUGGCAAUGGUCCAGACUCACCUCAAACUACUCAGCAGUCAUCAACUCCUGACCUCCCCUUGCCUAACAACCCAGAUGUUGUGUUUGAAUGCAUGUGGGAAAGCUGUGACUACAUGUUUGAAGAUCUCUAUGAUCUUAGUGAUCAUCUCUUACAAGAAAAUGGAGGUCAUGUUCACAAAGUAUCACAAGUUUUUGAGUGUGGUUGGCGUGGCUGUUCAAGGCACAAAAAGAGUUCACUAGCUCCAUUCCCAAUGGUGCAGCGUCUGAUGAGGCAUGUAAGAGAGGUUCAUAUCCAGAAAAAUACAGGGAGAAUUAUACAGCACCAAGAUCGCUCAAGAAAUUUUGUGGCGUCAUCACGUCGUUCCUUGGUUUCCCAGGAUCCUCCACAGACCACCCCUGCUCAGACAAGCUACCCAACAUCUGGCUCACCGCACUCAAACAUUCAAGGUUUUGAAUCUAAGAUCCUAAUAGGCAUCUCUUUUAGAUUAUACGUAUGCAUGUUCAAGUGGACAUACCUGCAUCCUCACACCUGCUGCUUUAUCCAAAUUAUAUGUUGUGUCUGUUCUAUCAUAAAGAUUACUAAGAUUAUAGCUGCCCUUUGA